AUUAUACUCGUCCUUCUGUUCGUAUCAACACCAUUCCAAUGAACCAAUUAGAAAACGUUAAAGAUUGGCUAGAGUGCGAUAUACAAUUUUACCGUGAAGCAUCAGAUGUACAAUUAGCACUUCUGAACAAAGAAUUCAAGCAGUUUACUGAAAAAGUUGCAGAAGCGGUGAGAAGAACUAAUGUCUUGUUACAACCUACAACAGAGUGUCUUGUUCAUCUUACGGAACUUCCAUUUUUGGUAGUACCAACUAACCGACAUCGAAAUCGCACAUCUGGAACGCGUUCAGACUGUGGAUCGGAAGCCUUAAAUUUUUUCGAAGCCGUCGAAGAACCCUUUAACAGCCCUGCUUACGACGUUUCUUCGAAUUUAUUUCGAAAUCUUAUAAUGUUUUCACCUGGUUACGGGC